UGCAGAGCCCAAUAUCUUUCCCUCCAAACAUGUGAAAAGUGUGACUUUUUGCUCCUCGUGCAUACAGGCCCUGGAUGAGAGGAUGAGACUGGAGCACAGUGAGCCCAGUCCACCGCACUUGUCGCUGCUGUAAAUCUCGCGAGAUCGUCCUCAUCAUCACGUUGGAGAGCCUGGGCGAUGCUUGGUGCUGUUGCUGUUGCUGUGGGUUUGAUUGACAGGAAACAUGUCGGUGUGGUGGGAGCGAACCGGGAUGCAGCUGCUGCCAAGGGAGACAGGGAGUACCUGCAUCCAAUCCACACAUCAGCACCUUUAAAAAAACAACCAGGCUUUCCUCAGAUCCGUCUGCUUAUGAUGCACUGAACUGCUUCUUUUUAUCUCUCUUUUUUUUUUAAAACACAUCCUUUUUUGAAAAAAACGAAGGGGGGGCACCCAAUGGAUGCUGUGGUCUCUUCUUCUUCUUCUUCUUCUUCUGCUUCACAUUGUGUUUGAUUUAAAGCCUCCAAACCAAGAGAGACACCUUGAUGAAAACAGCAGGAACUACGAGGACUGUUGUUGCAAUGGAGUCGACUCUCUCAUCACGGCUCAAACCGCGUCUGUAAAAAAAAAAACCUCCAGCAUCAUCAUCUCGUUUUCAUGGCGUUGCUGCUGCUGCUCAUCAUCUGCACCGUGGGCUUCUCCACGUUUCUUUUCUGAAAUAUUAUUUUUUAUUUUAUUUUUUUAUUUUUUUUCUUUAUUUAAAGUGCAAAAAAAAAAAAGGGGUUUAAAAAUAACGAACCCACUGCUCGCCAAAAACUAUGAACGAGGAGAUGACAAAAAGCGAGGAGCAGCAUCUGAGUUUGCAGAAAGCCUUGCAGCAGUGCGAGUUGGUGCAAAACAUGAUAGACAUAAGCAUUUCUAGUUUGGAGGGUUUACGCACCAAAUGUGCCACAUCCAACGACUUGACACAAAAAGAGAUACGAACACUGGAGGGGAAGUUGGUGAAGUACUUCAGCCGCCAGCUGUCCUGUAAGUGCAAAGUGGCCUUAGAGGAGCGCAGUGUCGAGCUGGAGGACUUCCCUCGCCUCUGCCACUGGUUCCGCAUCGUCAACUUGAGGAAGGAGGUCACACAGGAGAUGAGCCCAGGUGAGGUGACCCUGGAGGGCCUGCUGGAGAAGAGCGAGGAGCAGGUGUGUGAGCAGCUGCAGAAGUUUGGCGCCAACGAAGAGGAGUGCGCCCGACUCAACGCCUCCCUCUCCUGCCUCAAAAAGGCCCACCAGCUCGAAGAACUUGAGGAGGAUAAAUUGCACAGUAACGGAGGGAGCCAGUCGAAGCAGGACUGGUCCAUCCAGUGGCCCACCUCUGAAUCGGGCAAAGAAAACACUCCGGUGUGCCAGCCAGAGGUCAGUCAGUGGAUCCGGUUCCAGCUCUCCCAAAGCCCCAAAGUCCAGUCCAAGUACAACCAGCACAUGUGCCACAGCCCCCAGGCCCUGGCCCCCCCUUUAUAUGCCGAUCGACUGACCGUCGACAGCCCAUCCACAGGGCUCUUCCCUCCUUUGGACUUUGGUCAUCGCUCCCUGCCCCCGUCACCCCGCCAGAGGCAUUUUGGCCACACACCUCCUCGGACUCCCUUGGUGGUCAACACCAUGACCCCACCUGGCACUCCCCCCAUGCGGCGAAGGAACAAAGUGAAGGCCCCGGGCACGCCACCUCCGCCGAGCCGCAAGCUCAUCCAUCUGCUGCCGGGCUUCACCGCACUGCACCGCAGCAAAUCCCACGAGUUCCAGCUGGGGAACCGCUUGGAUGACACACAGACACCAAAAGCCAAGAAGAAGACCAAGCCCUUGAACCUUAAGAUCCACAGCAGCGUGGGCAGCUGUGAGAAUCUGCCCACGCAACGCUCGCCCCUCCACACCGAACGAUCUCUGCGAUCCUUCUUCUUCCCUUCCUUCAUCCCUUCCACACCUCCUGUCCAUGCUGAAACACCCUCUGCAAACACUCUCUCAGUGCCUCGCUGGUCCCCACAGAUUCCCCGAAGAGAUCUGGGAAACUCAAUAAAACACAGGUUUUCCACAAAGUAUUGGAUGUCCCAGACAUGCAUAGUAUGUGGAAAGGGAAUGUUGUUUGGACUGAAAUGUAAAAACUGCAAGCUGAAGUGCCACAACAAAUGCACCAAAGAAGCCCCACCUUGCCAUUUAUUGAUCAUACAGCGAGGCGGACGAGAAAAUCUCAAAGAUCCCCAAGGAACAACUCAAGUAGCUCGUCUGGUACGGACCGAAUCAGUGCCAUGUGACAUCAACAACCCGCUCAGGUACACAGACCUGCACAUCAGCCAGACGCUCCCCAAAACCAACAAAAUCAACAAGGACCACAUCCCAGUCCCGUACCAACCAGACUCCAGCAGUAAUCCCUCAUCCACCACCUCCUCCACCCCGUCCUCCCCGGCUCCUCCUCUGCCCAGCAGUGCCACGCCCCCCUCGCCCCUGCAUCCCUCCCCACAGUCGGCGCGGCAACAGAAACAGUUCAACCUGACAGCCUCCAGUUAUUUCAAAUACAAACAACAGUUCAUCUUUCCUGAUGUUGCUCCAGAAGCUCCUCCAAGCAGAGCACCGCAGGUCAUCCUGCACCCGGUCCUGUCUGAACCAGGGAUUGAGGGCAACCCUUUACUUCAAAUCGAAGUUGAACCUACAUCAGACAACGAGGAGGGCAACGACGAGGACUCCGGCGACGAGUUUGAGGAGAUGAACCUGUCGCUCCUGUCGGCUCGCAACUUCCCGCGCAAGGCCAGCCAGACCAGCAUCUUCCUGCAGGAGUGGGACAUCCCGUUUGAGCAGCUGGAGAUCGGAGAGAUGAUCGGCAAGGGGCGCUUUGGCAAAGUUUUCCACGGACGCUGGCACGGCGAGGUGGCCAUCCGCUUGAUUGACAUCGAGCGCGACAACGAGGACCAGCUCAAGGCCUUCAAGCGUGAGGUGAUGGCCUACCGCAACACUCGCCACGAGAAUGUGGUGCUGUUUAUGGGGGCCUGCAUGAGCCCACCACACCUGGCAAUCAUCACCAGCUUGUGUAAAGGCAGGACACUUUAUUCUGUGGUGCGGGAUGCCAAGGUUGUCCUGGAUGUUAACAAGACCAGACAGAUCGCACAAGAGAUGGUCAAGGGGAUGGGCUACCUCCACGCUAAGGGGAUCUUACACAAAGACAUGAAGUCCAAAAAUGUGUUUUAUGACAACGGCAAAAUCGUCAUCACCGACUUUGGACUCUUCACCAUAUCUGGGGUUUUGCAGGCUGGCAGCCGGAGAGAAGACAAACUGAGGAUCCCCAACGGCUGGCUGUGUCACCUGGCUCCAGAAAUAAUCCAGCAGCUCUCUCCGGACACAGAGGAAGACAAGCUUCCCUUCUCCAAACAGUCAGAUGUCUUUGCUUUUGGCACCAUCUGGUAUGAGUUACACGCACGUGAGUGGCCUUACAAGAGUCAGCCAGCAGAGGUGAUCAUAUGGCAGAUUGGCAGCGGGAUGAAGCCCAACCUCGCCCAAACUGGCAUGGGGAAGGAGAUAUCAGACAUUCUACUUCUGUGCUGGUCGUACAAGCAGGAAGAGCGGCCCAGCUUCUCCAAACUGGUAGAUUUACUGGAAAAGUUGCCAAAACGGAAUCGUCGCCUUUCCCACCCAGGGCACUUCUGGAAGUCAGCUGAGUAUGUCAAAUGAGUUAGGGACACAAAACAGCAAACAAUCAGCAACUAUUUAAAAAAAAACAAAAAAAACAGCCGCCAUAACUCUACAUAAAUAACCCACCUCCUUAAAGAAUGCACUGAAUCCAAAAGCCAGCCCAGUGAUGAAAACUGCCCGUGCUGUGUGUUUUUUCAUGGAAUGUUGGCAUGUGUGUGUACAGAUAAGUUGACUGUGCAGCUUCUCAAAGCAGUCGGGACUCAUAUUUUCUUUGGUUUGAUUUAAACCAUACUGGAUAUUUUUCCUUUAUCUUUUUUGUCUUUUACUAUUGAUCCCUUCAUAAUAUUUGAUUUCUUUCCUGGAUGUAUCUUGCUUGUAACUUUCAACUGAUCACAUCAUCUUGGACUUAAAAAAAAACAAAAAAAAAACACGUUUGAGAACAAAUGUAGAUUUCUUUUCCCAUGUCUUCUUUUUUGUUUUGAAUGAAUGUAAUGUCACACAUUGUAUAUAUUCAUAGCAUUGUCUUGCCAUUCCUUAUGUCUGUCAACUGUGUAGACCAUUUUGUCAGUGUUACCUCAUGGUCUGUCAUGUGUGGAUGUCUGUACAAAAGCUUUAUUUAACUUUAAAAAAAAUGUCCUCUUAUAUACACCGUACCAUUUGAAUGUGAAGAAGCCAGCAUCCCUGUUUGUGUGGGGAUGUGUUGGCAUAGUUCUUUGAUAGGAGAAUGUUCUCUGAUCAGCCUGUGCUUUGAAUAUUGCCUGUGAACAUAAGCGAGACGUGUAAACAAUAACAGCCUUUUGGGGGGGGGGAAGCCGCUGGUCAGACCAGGACUCCGUCAUGUGACGCUGUUCUGUGAAAUCGCUGACACUUGAAAUGUAUCUCGUCAACUGUUAGAUAACUAAUUACCCUUCAGAAAUGCUAUCACUGAGCCCCUCCCUCCCCCAUUUCGCAGAAAUAAAUGUAUAUUAUUUUACUUUAAAUAGCUAAUGAAAAAUACAGAAUAUAAUAGAUACAAAUCUAAAACUGUAUAGUCAGUGCAGUAAUUUUUAAGUUAUUUUAUUCAACCGAUACAUGAACUGACACGUUAUCUAUCUAUCUAAGUAGUGUGUGAAACUGUUUUUUAAAAUAGUUUGGAAACCUAAAUGGAUCAAAGACCUGUUGCUAAUGGGCCUGGGUCUGAGGACCAGAGUUAUUUGAAUCCGCACAGGAAAAUGAUGCGACUGUUAGAUGCGUAAAGGGAGAGCACAUUACCUUUUAAAAGGCAACACAAAAACUCUGAGAAGUCAAAGUAAACUUUGAGUUUGUUUUUCACUUGUUAAAAGUUGUUCAGAGUCGCUUAGAAGCAGUGUUGUAGUCACUUUGAAUUUAAAUUCAUCCUGCCUCAACUUCAAUUUUUAUCCCAAAAAUCAUUUAACUUAUUUUCCUUUACAUUUAUGCUGUGCAUUUUUGAGAAUCGGUAUACUCAUAUACUAAUAUAUAAACAUCACAUUACGAGUAAAAGUUGAACAUUUUUAAAUAUAGUACGCUAGAAAGAAGAAAUGUUUGAAGAUACACGCUUCCAAAUCAAUCUCUUCCAACCGUUGAUAAUUUAGAUUUAUUUAUUAGUUUAUUAGUCAAUUUAUCAGCUGUGCAAAGUAAAUUUCAUUGCAUUCAAAGUCAAUACAGUGCUGCAUGAUUUUGUUGGCCAACCCAGAAGUUAGCAUCGCACUGGUUCCCUCGACAAAAAAUUAAUGGGAUUUUUCUAUUGGGUUUUUGGAUUAUUGCAGAAAAUACGCUCUUUGGCAAAGUUUAUGAUACUUACAUGUUUUGUUCAGCAAGAUAAUCUUCACAAAUGAACACCACUGUUAUGAUUUUUGAAGCGUAAAUGCAAUCGCCAGAAGUAAAAAGCUAAUGUCAGGAUAAAAACGGAUCAGUGUUCGGUGUGAUGACGUUUAAUCGUUUUAUUUAGCCACUUGUUAGCAACCGUCUUUUUUAAGACACGUAAAAGCUUCAAAAUUCACAAGUGGGAUAUUUACUGGCGUAUUUUAUAUCGUAGAACAUAAAAGUUAAAAUCCCUUAAGCUAGUGUCAACCUCAGGCCUUAUUUUAGGCAUACUAGGCUAACCAAAAACCCACUGACUUUGAGACGAGGGAACCGGAAGUGCAAAAAUGCUGACUCAUUUCUAGGUUUUAGGACUCAUUCCUACACCACUUUAUUGGAAGGACAGAAGGGGAUGCAAUUCACUCAAGGUGGAGCUAAUUUAAACAAGACUAUGUAAGUUUGCAGAACAGUGAUCACUGAUGCUACAAGAGACAGUUAUGCGAUAAUGGUAAAAGGGAAAAUUACUACUAUUACCACUCUGUUUUGACAUUUAGCUAAAAUGCUAUGCUGUUGUAAGAGUAGCGCAACAGGAGAAGUCAGUGAACUGGCUCAGUAAUGUCAGUUGCACAGCAAUAUUUAUUUAAAAUUUGCUAACAUUAGCCACCAUAAGCUACGGUCAUACGAGACCAAGUAAGACUGUAGCAAUGGUGCAUUUUAUUGCUUAUUAAUUCAACUCUUAAUUUGUAAGAGAAAGAUUCUGUUAUUUAGUUUGUCUCGCUCAAAUCAAUGCAUUUUCAGUUUAUUUUACAAGAGGAAAACAUAAAGGUCUGGAUGAUAAUAACAGUCUGAGCUGAAGUACACGAAUAUACUCCACACACGCAGUCAUGUUUCCAUCACUUUAGAGGACAUUACAUUGAUUUACCCUAACUAUAACCGCUACUUGCCUAAUCCUUACCCUUACCUUAACCUAAAUCUAACCUUUCCCUAACCUUAAACUAAGCUUUCACCCCAAAAUAUAAUGAUUUACAUGGGGACUUGCAUUUACUCCCCAAAAGGAAGACGAGUCCCCACAAGGUGACUGUGUAAACAGAUGUAUGUCCCCACAACGACAGUAAUACAAACACACACACACACAGUCUGUGCAUGUUGCUUGCUAUAGCUGUUUACAAAUAAAGUAAGGUGAAAAAAAAGCUUUUUGUUUAGUCUGAACACACCUUCAGAGCAGAGACCCAAUCCAGCAGGGGAUGACAGUAGCCUAUGUCAUUUCCUGUCACAUGGGUAAUUAAAGGCAAAUUUAAUUGAUUGUUAAUUGAUUAUAUUUAUUAUUCUGUAACUUGCAUGUUCUGUAACUUAUUUAAUACUUACUACUUACCUACUUACUUAAGAAUAACUUAUUAAUUUAACAAACACAGACUAUGUUCCAUCUCUGUAUUAACUAGGCUACUCUUGACUACAACACUGCUGAAAAAGUGACUGUGGAGGACAAAUGAAUCUUAAACUUUCCUUCUUGUUUUUUUUAAAUCUUGAAAGAUUGUAUUUACUUUUUAGAAAGAGUGAAUUAUUGAGUUCUUGGAUUAUAAAGUAAGUAACUUAAAUCUGGCUGAACUUUCCCUUUAACAUAUCAGAAAAGACAUAUCAGGAUGCUGAAGACCACCCCAGGCCAUUUUUCUACUUCACACUGUAUAUCACAAUAUAUUUUAAAGGAACAUUUUAAAGAUAUCGUAGUCAUAUCAUCAUGAAUUGGAAGCUGUGGCGUCAUUCGAGCUGUAUACUGCUUUUGAUUCUCUCUAGCCACGUGGAAUAGAUAGAGACAAUCCAAUCAUGUUAAAUAGCCAUUUUCCACCUCAUUAUAUACACAUCUGCCAGUGUUGGAAAAUGCAUACAAACAAUCUGCUGCUGUUUUUUGGAGUCUGUCUGUCUAUUUUGGAAUUGCUGGGAUUCAAAUAUUGUAAGUGGAUCAUUUAUAUUUGUACUGUUUACAACUUUCAAGUGCAUGAGAUGGACUAUCAAAGAUUGAUUCUUGUUAUGAAAAAAAAUAAUCCUUCUACACUAUAUAUAAAAAGUUAUGUGAGCAUUUUUCUGAUGAACUGUCCAUUGAGCAGUUUGAUCUCAAUACCUAAUGGAGUUUUACGUCAGGCUUUGCAGAACUUUUCAACAGCUUUGUUUGAGAGAAUGAUUGUUUCACAAUAUUUAUAGAUUAUAUAAAUGAUUAGACUAGCAUUUAAAUAAAAAAAAAAGGAAGAGUUGCGACCUGUGCACAUGCUAGAGUUGACAACAACCUGACUGGACAACAAUCAAAGAUCUAACAUUAGUGCCAAGUGUACAUAACAGAUUGUAGACUAUGUUUUAUCGUCACUUGCCGUAAUAUCAAUAUUCCUUGUGAAUUUUUUGACUUCUUUCUUUUUGAAUGUACAAAUUGUGUUGUGUUUUUUUGUUGUUUCUGUUUUCUGUUCAUUUAAAUUUUGUUUUCCUCCAUUUUCCUUCUAAUUGCAUAAGCAUUGAUGCUGUGUUGUUUCUUUUCCUUGAUUCCGUCCUUGUAUUGUAGAUGAUAGCUCCAAAAAGCUUGUAUUUAAUGAUGCCUUAUGGUCCAUGGCUUAGUGAUGAGUAGAUUUUUGAUCACAAGCUCUUUUAUUUGCACUCAUCCUUUACAAAGUGUAUGACAAUAAAAAGCUGUUUUCAUUUUG